CGCGAGGCGCUGGGGGCGCGGCGGCCGGCGGACGCGGUCAGAGUGCAGGGCUGGGUUCGCUCUGUCCGAUCCCAGAAGGAAGUUUUGUUCCUGCACAUAAAUGAUGGGAGUUCUCUGGAAAGCCUCCAGGUGGUUGCUGAUCCCAGCCUGGAAAAGAAAGACCUGACUUUUGGAAGCUCAGUGGAAGUGCAAGGGAAGCUUGUCAAAAGUCCUCAUAGGAUGCAAAACAUGGAGCUGCAAGCUGAAGCCAUUAAUGUGGUGGGACCUUGUGAUAUUUGGUCGUUUCCCCUGAAAAUGAAGGAGAGGCACCCACUGGAGUACGUCCGGCAGUUCCCUCACCUGCGCUGCAGGAACAACACGCUGGGCGCCCUCCUGCGAAUCCGCAGCGAAGCCACUGCAGGCAUCCACUCCUUCUUCCAGGAUAACGGAUAUGUGCAUAUUCAUACCCCUAUCAUUACAUCCAAUGACUGUGAAGGUGCUGGGGAGCUCUUUCAAAUUGAGACAUCAAGAGAGGCAAAGGAGUCUGUGGAAAAGACCCAUUUCUUCAAUGUGCCUGCCUUCCUGACAGUUUCUGGCCAGCUCCAUUUGGAAGUAAUGGCAGGGGCUUUUACUCACGUGUUCACCUUUGGCCCGACGUUCCGAGCGGAAAACUCGCAGAGUCGCCGGCACCUGGCGGAGUUCUACAUGGUGGAGGCUGAGCUGUCCUUCACUGAAAGCCUUCAGGACAUCAUGCAGGUUAUGGAAGAUCUUUUCAAGACAGUGACAAGCACUGUGCUCUCCAAAUGUCCUCGUGAUGUUGAGCUUUUUCAUAAAUACAUAGCUCCUGCACAGAAGGGCAGGUUGGAACAAAUACUGAAGCACAAAUUUAUGAUCAUUUCCUACAGUGAAGCAGUGGAAAUUUUGAAGCAAGCUUCUCAGACUUUCACUUUCAAGCCAGAGGGAUUUUGCUGGGUCUCUUGCCAUGGGCAAGAGGUACCAAAACAGAUUCCCAGGCCCCUUUUGCUGUCCUUACAGUGGGGCUGUGACCUCCAAACAGAACAUGAGAAGUACCUGGUGAAGCACUGUGGGGAGGUUCCUGUGUUUGUGGUUAACUACCCGUACGAGCUCAAACCUUUCUACAUGCGGGACAAUGAAGACGGACCUCAACACACAGUUGCAGCUGUUGAUCUCCUUGUACCAGGAGUAGGGGAGUUGUGUGGAGGCAGCUUGAGAGAGGAGCGACUGCCCUUCCUCGAAUCACGCUUACAGAGAUUAGGACUCACAGAUGCCUAUCAAUGGUAUCUAGACCUCCGAAAAUUUGGAUCAGUUCCUCAUGGAGGCUUCGGAAUGGGGUUUGAACGCUACCUGCAGUACAUCUUGGGAGUUGACAAUAUCAAAGAUGUUAUUCCUUUCCCCAGGUUUUCUCACUCCUGUCUCCUGUAGCUCAGCAGUUGACUCAUGUGGAGAAAACCACUGGUGUAACUGUGUGUAUGUAACAUACCACGAUAUGACCGAGUGUGUUUCAGUGCGAAAUCAAGGUAAUUUUUAUAUCAAUGAAACUCUUGGUCAAUUUAAUACUGGGUUAUUGAAAAUAAUAUAUGUUCUGGUGAGAUUAUGGAAGGAUACUGGCAGUUAAUUUGAUAGCAGCUCAUGUCUUCAGUGCACUUUUGGAGAAUUAAUAAAUCCCACUUAACUAAAGGGUUAUGAUUCUCAUGAGACUAGUACAUGCCAUGGAAGUACUGAACAAGCACUGAAGGUAGCAGGGGGUUUUAUGUGAAAUAUUAAGAAGGAAGUGUGACCUAAAAUAUUGUCAUGGCUGUGAUACACUUGCUACUGCUACAGUCAGAAAAUGGCUACUGUAAAGCAUGAUUCUGUCCACUCCGAGUUAAAAGCAAAUAUUGUUUACCUUGGAAAAAUCAGCCAAACGUAGCAAGGAACAAUGUGAUACUGGAAUUGCUGGAGUGAGUUUGUUGAAUGAUGUUUGAUUUUGUGAAUCAUCAAUAAAGAUGUACACUGGGUUGUUUUAUAA